AGAAAGGAGUUUACCACAGUGGGUAGCAACCACAGCCUACAGCUGCCUAUGACAGGCUCCUCCUAUAGGGCAGCGCGAACGAGCAAGGCAGAGGCCGGCAAUGCCAGAGAGGGUUGAGGUCAACAGACCAGCUGAGAAGGCAGCAGGUUUUGUUUCUUGGUAAUAGUGCGUUAAUCGGUGUCAAUAACUGUGGCUGUGAUCAUCAUAGUAAUACAACAACCUUCCUCAGGCCUGAUGUACGGUUUACGAACUAUGCCAUUGCUCAAAAGUGAUCAGUGAUUUCACCAUGAGAUGAACCGCAUUCGUACUCCCUCUGCUUUUCACUCUGAAUGGACGCUAUCAGUUCAAACCACCUUCUGCUUUUGAAUCACUGUGAUUAAAAAUGUCCGUCGUCAAGAUCGGCUCGAUUCUAAAGCUACGGCAGUAUUAUGUUCUGUGUAUGUAAUUACGUUUUAGGGAUUGUAUAAAGGUACCUUCGCAUGGUCAGCGGCAAAAGAGAAUAUUCGGUACGCCGAUGAUUCGCAAAAGAUGAAAAAUAGGUGGUGAUUGCCUACAUAGGCCGAAGGUCCAAUGCAGGAAAAUUCCAGUCUGUAGAUAAGAAAGCAAACUAAGUUUCUGCCUUCAUCGCAUUCUACUAAGCAGAGCGGCUUGAUGGAAUUUUGUUGGUUCGGCUCAACACUAGGUUAUUAACCGGCGGAGCAAGUGAGAGCGGAACGCGGUGGUCGGAAGCGGUUUCAGCCGCCGCCCGCUGGCCAUUCGUCGAUCGUUCUGAUCUACCAUCAGUGAUUCCAAAUCAUAUAUCACACGCGUCCUUUUUAUAAAAUUUUGCCGUUUGAUACAUGUAAGCUAGUCAGAGGCUCACCUAACCGUGCUUAUAUAAUAUCAAACUCAGACCAACAAACUUAAUCUUAUUGAAAUGAUGUUUUGUCUCAUGUAGGCCUGUCACGUGAAACAAAACAGAUAAGGCAUUUACAUCACAUGCAAACAGAGAUUUAAAUCAAGACUGAAACGUAGAGACUUAUUUAUAUCACGGACAGGAACGUUGGCAACGCAUACAGUUGUGAAGUGCAGAGAAAUACUUGUCCAAACUGCACGCAUAGAGGUACCGCAGUUACGCGACCUGUCAAAGGGGAUAGCAGCUCUUCCUGAUCAAUACAAAAGGAGAUUCGACAGGUGGGAAUAUGCGAGUAUCACAAUUCAGCAUUAAAUACUUGUGUUGGUUGUGAACCGUGUUUCAGCAAGAAGCUCCCAUAUUCUAGGUUGGGCCGAGUGACUAAACAAACUACAGAUUUAUAAGCCCAACUAGCUAAGUGUCCUUUAUUAUUAUAAUGACAUCUAUUGUGUCAAUGUCCUCGCUAGAAGAGGGUGUCGGCAGUGGCACCUUAUGUGUAGGAGGGUUCAGUAAAAUAGCUAACGGAGCUUCAGGAGCUCCGGGUCCCGGAAAUGCUCCUUAUCGAACAAGUAACUGCAGCGCUACUGUGAAUAACAAUGCUGAAGAACUUCGAGCUGUACCAAUUGCUGUAGAGCCGCCUGAUGGCGGCUACGGUUGGAUGGUCGUCUUUGCGUCGUUUAUGUGCAACCUUAUAGUUGACGGUAUCGCUUACACAUUUGGGCUAUUUCUUCCUGAAUUAGUCUCUUCAUUCGAAUCGACAAAAUCUGUAAUUACUUGGGCUGGAUCCUUGCUUUCUGGAUUUUAUCUCUCCGCGGGACCCCUCGUUUCGGCGCUCACAAAUCGUUUUGGAUGCCGAAAGGUGUGUAUUGCGGGUAGCCUGAUGGCAUGCAUAUCUUUAUGCGCAACCACACUCGCGUCGUCGGUUCCAUCUUUACUUCUUUUCUAUGGGGUCUUCGCUGGAACUGGAUUCAGCCUGAUCUACUUGCCAGCUAUCAUCUCAGUGAAUCAGUAUUUCUCACAUAAGCGUGCCACAGCAACUGGGGUUGCUGUCUGCGGAUCGGGAUUGGGAGCGUUUGUGUUUGCACCAUUGGUUCAAUAUCUACUGGAGAUCUUUGCAUGGCGUGGGGCGUUGCUCAUCCUUGCUGGGGAACGUGGUGCUGUAUGGAUCAUACUUUGCUCAACGCUAUCGUUCAAAACAACUGGUGCCACAGGAAAAAAAUUACUAAUCUUUCCGUCUAAGAUUUUUCUAUUAAGCGACCUAAAUGGGGCACUACAAUUCAUUCGUUUUCAAGAAAAUCAACUGAAGACACCUGUGCCAUUAGCCCUACAAGGUUUGGUGCUUAACUGCUGUAUUUUUGGUGCCUUAAUGCGCCCACUUCAAAUGUGGACUACAACAACCGAAAAACCGUUGAUGCAACGUAUAUGGGAGGAGAAAACUGGACUUCUAAGACAGGAUUCGAUUGGACAAAGUCAGUUCUUUCUUGUUCAGCAUCCGGAUGGAACCGUCGAAAGGCGACUGAAGGCUGGUGUUAACACAGAGCCCGGUGUGCAUUCGACGCUCUUUCUUGACCAAUGGGGAAAGGCUUCCGGCUCGGAAGGCCCACCGCCCCUCACCCUUUCGCCGAUCGAAGAGUUUGAUCCCAAAGGAAAAUCGAAUGGAAGUCAACCACCUGUAAAUGGAGUGCCAAGUCACAUAUCGAAUCACACUAUCCAAAACAUUGCAAGGAGAAAAGGACUGAUUGCUUCGCAUAGUGCAGCAAAAUUGACCAUGUCAGCUUCAUCAUCUACUGUUCAACCAGAAAUUCAACGAAACUAUUCAACGCCUAAAUUUGCUAUGGGCGCUUCGCGAUCAUCUAUUCAUCAGCAUUUACCGCUCAGCGCUCACAGAGGAAUUGCAGGAGUUAACCUCAUCCAAGGAGGGGGCUGUAAUGCCCCACAAGUGCCGGCUCAACAUUUUAAUCCCAUCGCCGCAUCUAAUAAUUUCAACAAUCACGAGAUGCGUCGUUCUAUCAAGGACCUCGGUCGUCCAAUGUAUCGCAAGGAUAUAUUCUACUCUGGUUCAAUCCGGAAUCUUCCUGAAUUUCGUCAAAGCUCGGGCGAUGUCCGAUCCUAUAUCGCGUCGGUGUUAACACUCCCGGGAGAAAAUCCAGUUCCCCUGGGAAAAACGUCAGGAUCUUCCUUAUGCUCCUGUUUGCCAUCAGCCAUGAGCGACACAUUAGGCGAUAUUUUUGACCCGGCUCUGCUGAGCAACCCUGCUUUCGUGAUUAUCUGCUUAUCAAAUCUCAUCGGCAUGAUGGGGUUCAACAUACCCUUUGUAUUCAUCGCUGACGCUGCUGUCACAAUGGCUAAAGUGGACAAGGAAGCCGCUUCACUACUCGUCUCUUGUAUAGGUAUCACAAAUAUGUUGGGUCGCUUGCUAUUCGGCCGAAUCUCGGAUUCUCCUCACGUGAACUCGCUUACGGUGAACAACGUGACCUUGGCUAUAUCGGGAAUUGCAGUUGCAAUUACACCGCUAGCACUGGUGAUAGGCGGGUAUACUGCGGCAAUGACCGUAUGUGCCUUGUUUGGUUUCAUGGUUGCUGCAUAUAUUCUACUGACAUCAAUCAUACUGGUGGAUCUGCUCGGCCUCGAGCGUUUAACCAAUGCCUUUGGACUUCUAUGUUUAGUACGAGGCUGUGCCUGUAUCCUUGGCAUUCCAUUUGCUGGUAUCCUGUAUGACCUCACCGGGUCAUACCAGUGUCCAUUCAUUGUAUCUGGUAUUAUGCUGGCUGCAUCCGGUGCUAUCGCUGCUACCGUUCCAUACGUUAGAAAUCCCCAUAAGAUAAUACCGCCUCCUCCGGAGGAAUUCAUGUCGCCACUUGAAGAAAUUCCCGAAGAGGAAUCAUUCACCGAGGACGAAAGUUCUCCUGAAAACACCAGGCGUCGUAUCCCACACGACCUAGAGGAUUCUGUUGCGGAAGAGGAGCGAACUUCGCUUGUAGAAGAUGACGAAGAUGAUUUACCGAUGACUAUUAAUUGCGAUCCACGACCAGAAGCUAGUAGUAGCCACCAAGAACCAUCUGGACAAGAAGAACUACGAAAGCAGGAAUGCGCCCUCUUGGAGAUCCGGUCGACCGUAAAGCAUUCUGAGGAUCACGUCAAUCGAGACCAGGAUUGUACCUAUUAAGACUGACGGAUAAAUAAUGAAAAGGGAAUUAAUCUUGAAACCUAAAGACAAGCACUACAAAUGAUCUAUAGAUCACAAACUUAAGUUACUUAUUAACCGUACCGUGUGAAACAGUUAUAUCAAAAAUAAGGUUUAACUCAUGCCACAUGAGUGGUCAAGUUUAUUAGCAAGCGAUUAGCAGCAGAGGAAAGCCGAAGUUGAUAAGGGGACCAUCAAUGGACGAGACAAUGGCUGUGUUACAACGAAGACAUUUAGAUCGUUGAUAUUUCUGAACUUGACGAGAAAUUAUUGUGUUUGCUUGAUUAAGUCUGGAAAUCUACUUUGUGUAAGACUUUAUGAUAGUUUGAAUUGUUUUCAUGUAGAGUAGAGAAACCUUAUAAUUGCACAACGCACCUUUUAUAUGAUACUAUAAAAGUAUCACAGAAAAACAAAUGUUUCAUUUAUCAAGUUAAAUGUACUUGUUUAUGUCUUUGUUAAAGAAUAAUAGGUUUUCAGGCAAGUAUGUGAACACCUUUUCGAUAUUGUUUUCCAUUCAAACAUAUCCUUAAUAUGCAUGUAGAGUGAAUUGGUACUAGUAAGCUAAUGUUAAAUGAUUGGUGAGCAAACAACUAUAAAUGCAGACAAACAGAUGUACCAUAGAUCGUAAUAAAAUUAUGUCGGUAAAACAGUGGCUAGCUGCAGCUAAUCAUAUUUGGAGCUCUAUUUUCGUUGAUCGCUCACCUUUAUACGUAGAAAAUCGUGAUCAAAUUUAACUUCAUGUGGGGGCUAGCCAAAGUUCGUCCGCCUGGAAGGUGACAUUUGCGCAUAUUUCAUAUGUAUAUUAUUAUAUCUCUGCAAAUGCAUGUUGAGACUGAACAGGUAUAAAAAAAAAGGUUCCUCUGUGAAUUUCUGAUUCAAACUGUGCGCUUCAAAAUUCACUAAGGCCCGAUCCGGCUAUAGCCUUUAGUCGGGAUAGAUACUGAUCGAUUUGACUAGAGAUUCUCCAACAGACUUCUAAAACGGCAUGGUAACAAUUUGAUAUAGCAACCGGCCAGGACCGCAUGUUCAUGGUUACCAUAGCAAAGCAUUCGAAGAGAUGUGCAUUACUCAUUUAAACCAAAUUGCCCAUGUUUCAUCAUGUUGGUACUAUUAAACAGUUUUAAUUCAAUAUAGUUUUAUUUAGAGAAAUAUAUUCUGUAUACAUUAAAUGUAACUAAAAAAAUAUAGCAGUUAGUGCACCUGCCUUUCGAUUUCAACGUUGCAAAUAUACCCGAACAAAUUUCAGUUAAAUUUACAUAACAGCAUGGCCUUUAAUCUUUGACUUGAAAAAUGCCAUUUUUCAGUGAUAUUAAGUCCAUCGGCUAUAACCGAUCCAGAGCGCUCAAGUAUAUACACCAUGUCUUCCCGUACUUGUUUUUUAAUGUUGUUAAAUUUCAAACUAUCCGAUUCUGAAUUAUUUAAUUGACACAAAACGAGUAAAAUCCGUAUGCACCGAAAGGUUUACCGAGUAGCGCUGCAAAGUUUGAUAAAAAAAAAAUGACUAUUCCUCGAAUUUGCUGCAUUCUGUACUCCAACAUAAACUGAACAUUGUGAAAACGUCAUCUCUUUAUAGUCUCUAUUCCGUUAUGUGAGAUUUCUCUGAUUUUUUUUUUGUUUUAUUUACUUUUCUAUUAGUCUUUCAGAAGGGGCGAUCCUUUAAGUUAAUGAAAAUAUAUAUACGGAAGAAUAUAACAGGCUGCUGAAUUUAGACUCAUACUACUUCAAAGGUUAGUCACUGAGAAUCCACCGGGGCAUCCUUGACAAUUAAAUGCGCUGAGAUUUUCAUUAAUUAUGUAUGCCGUGGAAAUUUCACAAGUUUGACAAAUUAACAACUUCGAAAUUUAGUUCGUCAUUUGAGUAGUGUAACUCCAUUUACUUUUCGUUGCAGUAUAUUGGUUUUUGGCUAUUGCCUUUAACUAUGGUUAACUUAAUCUGCACCUUUGGUAAACUUAGGAAAUCUAAAAUGAAGGACAAACUUACAAAAACUUAGCGCACAUAAGCCGUCAUCGACAGGACAGAAAAGCCAAAUACAGUUGCCUUUUUUGGCUGAUUAAAUGUAAGAUUAAAUUUACCUAGAUUUGGCAUACUAUGUAAGCUCAACAUUUGUAUCUGCAUAAAUCAAACAAUGCAGCGAUUCUAUGAAAAAAUAUGAGCCAAAAACUACUGCGAUAUAUUUUAGAUACCCUAAAUUUGGAGGCACGCUUUUAACUUUGAAAAAAAGCUAAGCAUAUGCACAUCUUCUUUAAAUUAAUGGAUCGCUCUUUCAGAUAUGUCAUCAAAAUUUUAACCAAACGCGGAAGCACCUUUGGUCGAUUUAAAGCACUUAUAUUUCUAUAUAAGCCCGCAUCAAUUCAACCAAAGAGAAUCUAUUUAUACAAAUAACGGAGAAAACCUUGUAGUAAUUACUUAAUGUUAUCCAAUAUUGUACGCAAACCGUGAUAUCUAGCUGAGCAAAUAAAUACUAAUGUUGAAGUUUUCGUCAGUGCAAAAACAAUCAUUCGCGUAGUGAUGCACACGAUUAGUUUUAAAAUAAAUUAUUUUGUUA